CGUCUCUUCUCACAUCACUGAAAAAAAAAAAACACAGUAAUUCAUUAUUCCACCCCUCUGCGCAUCCAUGGCCAUCCGAGCCCGUCGUGUCUUUAUUGCUCUGGCUCUCCCGCCCGUGGUCACCACAUACGCCAUCCACCGCACCCUCAGCAGUCUAGAGUCCCGAUACCCCGAGCUGCCAGUCACCUCGUCCACCUGCAGCGCGGCUCUCCGCACCCCCGAAUCCCCCUCUACCCAGCGAUGCGAUGGAGUCGACAUCUACGCUACCCAGGUGCCCCUGAGCACCCUUCUCGCCCCGCGGACCACCAGCCCAGACAACAAGCCAGCAGCCACCCGCAGCAUCGCCGCCGCCUGGGCCCACGCCGUCAUCGGGAGCCGCAUCCUCCGCCUAGAAGGCAGCCUGUUCGGCUUAGUGACCCGUGGGAAAUUCGACCCGGGCGAUGUGGGCGAUUCCCCGGCUGGAUUCGCCCCGCGCCCGGAACCCGACGGUGGCGAGCGCGAGUGCAAGCGCGAGCUUCUCAACGGGGUGUUGGUUGUGGAGCGGCCGCCCGCGCCAGGGGACCCGUACGGCCUACUAACUUCCUGGAGGAUGGACCGGGGCGCGUGCGAGUUCUUCGAAACGAUCGCGCGGUGGGGGUACCCGUGGCGGUUGGUGUCCGGGGGACGGCAUGAAAUGAGCGUGUCCGGGCCCUUGGAGAUGGAAGGGCGGCGGCGUGAAGAAGAAGAAGAAGAAGAAGAAGGCCCCUUUGUGGAGGUGAGGUUUGCCUCGGCGCAUGACUAUGUGGUUGUUCCUGAGGAGGGCGAGCGGCAGAAGACCAUUCCCGGCUGGGUGGGCAGAUUACAUCGUGGAUAUGCCCGGUUGAUUCUGCAUCUUGCUGUUCGGGAGUUGCAGCAGCGGCCAGUAAGCGGUUGAUUGAUGUAUUGGUGGUUUCCCUUUGGUUUGGAAUGGGAAUACUAGGUAUUGCAGCAUCUGUCGAUACUCAGAAUUAACUUUGGCUAUACUUGCGAGA